AUGUCCGCUCAACGCACGGGCCAACGGGGAAGUCUGAAGCUCCGAUUGAGGAUGCCGACUCCCAAUCCCAACUCGGCUCCUGUCCCAACCCCGUCUGCAGUUUGUCGCCCAUUGUCAACGACACCUGCUGCACAAUCUCGAUCUUUAUCGGCCUACGUACCCGGCGACUUCUCUCCACCUUGGCCACAUAGCCCCCAGGACACCAAUCUCAUCCGCGCGGGCUACAAACCCGGCUGGAAUCCUAUAGACACUCCCACUAUAUCCACUUCUAAACCAUCAACCUCAAAAACCAGACAAUUGCCCCCUCCAUCGAGGAUGGCAGAACCCCGUGCUCGUGCCGCCCGGCACAAGGGCCAGAUGAAUUUUUCGUCUGAGCUACGACUACUACUUCUCGCCUACGGUGACCCAAGUCCCCAUCCCUCAUUCUCAUCCGAGCCCCUUCCCGAAACCGUGCGCGUCCUCGACGAAAUUGUCACGGAUUUCAUCCUCGAACUCUGCCACGGUGCCGCGCAGGUCGCACACCACGCGCGCCGACAAAAGAUCAAGGUUGACGAUUUCCGCUUCGCGCUGCGCCGAGACCCGAAUAAGCUGGGUCGUGUGCAAGAGCUGUUGCGCAUGGAGCGUGAACUCAAGGAGGCGCGGAAGGCCUUUGAUCAGAACGAUGAUCAGGUUGCUAAAGAUGCUGGGAAGAAGGGGGCAGCCCCAGCCAAUGAUGCGGAUGCUGGGAAUGAUCUAUUGCCUGCUCCGACUGGAAAGAAGGCCAAGGGUAAAGGCAAGAGAGCUGCAACCCGGAGAGGAUCAGAUGCUACUGAGGAGUCGGUCUCGAAGAAGAGGAAAACCAUCGGAUGA